AUGGUGCGACUUAUAGGGCUCGAUACAGGCAGGCGCAAAUCAGACAUCGUACGCUCAGUCAGCCAAGUGUGGGAAUAUGAUAAUUAUCACAUGCCCGCAAGAUUCUCUCGACUCAUCCCAAAAUGGCGCAAAGCCUGGAAAGAGGCUGAGCCAUGGAACGAUAUUGUGCUCCACCAAGUCAACCAACGCUUGAGGCGAUACAUGGCAGGCGAGAAGCUUGACGACUUUUCCUCGGCUCUGAUGGACGACAAAUCUAGUAGACCUCGCAAUUUAGAGCUGGGAGAGUUUUGUGCAGAGGUCAGCGUCAUCAUCAACGCAGGCGCGGAUACGACUGCGAUUGCACUCACGAACAUUCUUGAUAUGUUAAUCCGACACCCUCAACACCUUGAUACCCUCCAGGAGGAAGUCGACGGGGUCCUCGACGAUGACGAAGUUUUCGCUUCAUAUGACGAAGUCAAGCAUCUCCCAUUCCUACGAGCUUGUAUCGAUGAAAGUAUGCGACUUAUCCCCCCAACUUCCGCGGCCUUGAUGCGUCGGACGCCUCCCGAGGGUACUCCGAUCUUAGGCGAAUGGAUCCCGGGUGAUACUGUAACAAGGCAAAGUGGCUGUGCUAUGAUGGGCUGUGCUGGGCUGGUGGUGGACUGGCAGGGCAGAGGUCUGUCAGGUCACAUGUCAAACCUAAUUAGAUCGCUGGGAGCAGGACAGUGUACAGUGCUGGCAGUGUGCCAUUCUUUACGUUUGAGAGAGAUCAUCAGGAAUUCAAUGGUUUUGAUGCCUUCAAGCUAUUCUUGA